AUGGCAGCGGUCAACGACAGUCCAGGUGACUUUGUUUGCUCAGUGUGCCACAAGAUCUUCCCUCUACAACGCAUGUUAACCCGCCACUUGAAGUGCCACAGCUUGGUGAAGAGGCAUCCUUGUCGGUUCUGUGGCAAAGGAUUCAAUGAUACCUUCGACCUAAAGAGACAUAUGCGAACACACACAGGUAUCCGUCCCUACAAGUGUGAGCUGUGUGAGAAAGCUUUCACACAGCGUUGCUCUCUGGAGUCGCAUAUGAGAAAGAUUCAUGGCGUACAUCAGCAGUAUGCUUACCGCCAGAGACGCUCCAAGAUCUUUGUAUGUGAGGAUUGUGGUUAUACAUCAAGCCGGCCUGAUGAGUACUUCCUCCAUGUGAGACAAUGCCACCCUGGCAGCCCUGCUCUCCGCAGGUACUACCGUCGUCAGGCUCAUGAGAACAGCACCUUUCCAUCAGAAGAUCGUAAACUCAGUCCCUAUUUGCUCUACCCAGCCUCUGCAUACUACAUUAUGCCACCCAAGAAAGGCCCAACACCAGAGGAGGUUGAGGACAUUAAAACCUCCCUCGGAGCGCUGUGCGGAGACAUGGCCGCAGUCAGGGCGCAGCAGGAGCUGCUUCUGGGGCUUCUGGAGGAGGUAAAACAGCUACGCCUCCAAAAUGCCUAG